AUGCUCUUGACUAUGAUGCUAUCCUCACUGCCAUGUAUGCAUUUCCUACUAGUGGUGAGAGUGCCUGUCACCUGUGCUGGUGAGGCUGCUGCUCUAGGUACUCGUGAGUCUGCGCCCUCUGGUACUGCGUCUACUGAGGCACUGCACACCUUCACACUGGACUCAGGCGCUUCCCGCUGUUUCUUUCGUGACCGCACUGCCCUUGAGCAGCUUGCUCGGCCGGUUGCAGUCUCCCUCGCUGACCCCUCUGGGGGUCCGGUCAUUGCGACCUCCUCUACUGUUCUCCCUUGUCCUGCGGUCCCUUCGGGCACACUGUCAGGUCUCUACCUCCCCUCGUUCUCUACGAACGUGGUGGGGGGUAGUGCGCUUCAGGACGGGAGUAUCCACCAGUUUAUCCCUGCCUACGAGCGUCAGCUGUCUGCCCCCUGCUCGUGUCGCUCUCUGGCACUCGAGACUGUCCUCCGGCAUCACCGUCUUGGUCACCCGUCAGUGCAGCGCCUUCGUGCCAUGCACAACCGGUACCUUGUCUCUGGUCUUCCCAGGGUUCUCCCUCCACUCCCACCCUCGCCUGCUCCUCCUUGCCUUCCCUGUGUCGAGGGGCGGCAGCGCGGCGCUCCUCACUCCUCCUCAUUUCCCCCGACGACUGCUCCCUUGCAGACGCUCCACAUCGACCUCAGUGAGCGGUUCCACGCAGACUUUUCUGUCCUGCGUCUGCACUCUGACAGAGGUGGUGAGUUCUCCUCCGACCUCUUGGCAGCCAACUGUUGGCAGUUUUACCACGCCACCUCGCGCCGUGUCCUGCCCUCUCAGGACGUCACUUUUGACGAGUCCGUGCCCUACUACCGCCUCUUCCCCUACCGCACUUCCCCGCUACCCCCCCGCCUCUCUUCCUCGCGCCAGGUAGCUGUCGACUCUCGUCCUGCCAGGGGUGCUGAGCCUGAGCGUGCGAAGCCUGGGGUUGCGGAGUCUGGGGUUGCUGAGCCUGGGGGUGCGGGGUUUGAGGGUGCGGAGCCUGCGGGUGCUGAGUCUGGGGGUGCUGAGCCUGGGGGUGCGGAGCCUGCGGGUGCUGAGUCUGGAGGUGCUGAGCGUGAGGGUGCUGAGCCUAGGAGUGCUACUUCUGAGAGUACUGAGCCUGAGCGUGCUGCACUUGGGGGAGGCCUCUCCUCGGAGCAGCUGCGUGAGUGGUACUUACAGUACUGCAGCUUCAAGAGAGGUGCUUAUGGAGCUCGGAGUGGUGCCGGAGCUGCUUCUGGAGCUGCUGGAGGUACUGCUGCUGCUGGAGGUGUUGCUGGCGCUGCAGGAGGUACUACUAGUUUUGGUGCUGCUGGAGCAACUGGAGGUGCUCCUGCGGCUGGCGGUGCGGCUGGCGCUACUGGAGGUGCUGCUAGUGCUGCUGGCGCUACUGGAGGUGCUACUGGUGCUGGAGCUACUGCAGCUGCUGGUGGUACUGCUGCUAUUGGCGGUGCUGCUGGCGCUGCUGGAGGUGCUGCUGGUACUGGUGCUGCUGGAGCUGCUGGAAGUGCUGCUACUGCUGGUGGUGCUGCUGGCGCUGCUGGAGGUGCUGCUGGUACUGGAGCUACUGGGCACGCUGCUGUUGCUGGUGGUGCUGCUAGUGCUGCUGGGACUGGCCUUGCUGAGGGGGUUGGAGCUGGAGGUGCUGAGCGGCCACGGCUGUACUACGUUCCGCUCCUUCAGCAGGUUCUUGGCCUUCCGCCCUCUCCUUGUCCUACUCCUCCCCUACUGAGUCCACCGCUUGUCCAAUCGCAGUCACAAUUACAGCCAGUCUCUCCACUUUCUGGUCCUUCUCCCUACACUGCACCGACGGGAGGUCUUACGGAGCGUCGUGAGCCUGAGUCUCGUCCUUCGUCGCCUGAGACUCGUCCAGAGUUGUCUGAGUUGCGUCCAGAGUCGCCUGUCCGCACUGUCCGCACUGGUCGUCGUGUUCCACGUCAGCGUCCUCCUCCUGUCCUUGGCACUCACUAUAUGACCCUGUGUCCCUCUACUGCUCCGCAGCGUGUCCCAUUGCCGUCUCCACCAGCGACCUCUCUUCCUGCUCUUGCUGACCCGGAGUCUGACUCUCUUUGUGCUGCUAGUCCUACUGUCACGCGUCUCCUUGCUACUGCUGUCACUGACCCUUCCUUUGAGUCCUCUGCUGCGUCUGCUCUAGUCGCUGAGCUUGUUGACUUUGCUGCUGCCUGUCGUCUAGACUACGCCGCUAGCCUUGUUACUGAGUCUCAGUCUGAGUUUGUCUGUCCUCCGUCUAUCGGGGGUGAGUGUGCUCUUUGCACGGACGUCCUUGAGGACAGACAAGAGGAGUUUGAGUGCUUUGCUGCUUCUUUGCCUCAUCUCGUGUCCAUGCUGGUUGCCCCUGAGGGAGACCCGGAUGCACCAGACAUCCCGACCCCAUGCUCCUACGCAGAGGCGAUGGAGGGUCCCUACUCCUCUCAGUGGAAGACAGCCAUGGACGCAGAGAUGGCUUCGUGGAAGUCCACAGGCACCUACGUCGACGAGGUUCCCCCACCUGGGGCGAACAUUGUCAGUGGCAUGUGGAUUUUCAUGGUGAAGCGGCCGCCGGGUUCUCCGCCUGUCUUCAAGGCGCGUUACGUUGCACGAGGCUUCAGUUAG